AUGUCUAGAGCCCUCACACCGCCGGCGGUCGCCGAGGGGAUGACAGACCCUACCCAGCGCCGAUUCCGUGGCAGCGCAAAGAUAUCCGAGUACGAGAUCAUGAAGGAGAAGCUGGGAGAAGGCACCUUUGGCGUGGUCUCCAAGGCGAAGUCAAAACGCACCGGAGCCAUUGUCGCGCUCAAGAAAAUCCUCAUGCACAAUGAGAAGGAAGGCUUCCCAAUCACCGCGCUGAGAGAGGUCAAGCUGUUGAAGAUGCUGAGCCAUCCGAACAUCUUGCGCCUCGAGGAGAUGGCAGUCGAGAGACAGCAAGGUGCGAAUCGCAGUCUGCGCCGCCAGGCGACCAUCAGCUGCUUCUAUGCUGAUACUGACUCCCAUCCUGCAGUUGACGACAAGGGCAAGAGCGGCAAGAAGCGCGCCACGCUAUACAUGGUCACUCCGUACAUGGACCACGAUCUCAGCGGCAUGCUCACAAAUCCCGACAUCCGAUUCACAGACGCUCAAGUCAAGUGCUAUAUGCUGCAGUUGUUGGAAGGGCUACGCUAUCUUCACGACGUAAGUACAAUCUGUCCCUCGACGAUUGCAACAUUUGCUGAUCGUGUAGUCACACAUUCUUCACCGUGACAUGAAAGCGGCAAAUAUUCUGAUUUCCAACCGUGGCAUCCUGCAAAUCGCCGAUUUUGGUCUGGCCCGAAACUACGACGGAAUUGUCCCACAGCCCGGCAAAGGCAACGGUGAAGCAGUCAGAGACUACACCAGCCUUGUCGUCACCCGAUGGUAUCGGCCGCCGGAGUUGCUCCUCACCCUGAAGCGCUACACUCCAGCUAUAGACAUGUGGGGCGUAGGUUGCGUCUUCGGGGAGAUGUUCGAGAACAAGCCAAUUCUCGAAGGCCGCUCCGACGUCGAACAGUGCGUCAGGAUCUUCAACCUUCUGGGCAACCCGACGGAGCAGAACAUGCCGGGAUGGUCAUCGCUACCAGGAUGCGAAGGUCACAAGGACUGGGAACGCUCAAGCGGCGACAUCGACCAACGCUUUGGCAAGCGGAUGGGUCCAGAAGGUCUGGACUUGCUGAAGAGAUUGCUUUGCCUGGACUGGAGAAGGCGCAUCAACGCUAUAGAUGCGCUACAGCAUCCGUACUUCAAGACCUAUCCAUUGCCGGCGAAACCAGAAGCACUUCCGCAGUACAACGACAGUCACGAACUUGACGCUCGACGCCGCGGCAACCAUGAGAAGCAGCGAGCUCUGCCCCCAGCUCCUGCAGGCGGCACUGUUGGGAUGGGUCCAGAUGAAUGGGCGCCCGGCCCGGGACCCAAUGGCUAUCAGAAUGGGUAUGGCUACGGUGAUAGGCGAGGGUACGGCCGAGACCGCGGUGUCCCGUCUCCAGGCCAUGGGCCACCACGAGGUUAUGACGACCGCCGAGGCCCGCCUGCUCCACCAGUGACUGGCAGGGAACCAGCAUGGCGACAAGCGGAUCGGCGACCUCCUCCGCCCUCAAAUGGGCACGCUCUUCCACCCCGACCCACGGGCGAUCUCCCACUAUCACGAGCUGAAAGGGCUGAUCGAGUUGAUGCUCCAGCUCGUGGGCCUCCCCCUCCACCAGCCGCCAAUCGAUCAAAUGUCGACACGUACAUCCCGUCCUACCAGCGCGGACCUAGCUACGAAGAUCGUGAUGGUCGUCCGCCGCCACCUCCACGCGAUUCGUACGAGCGCGGUAGACGCAGCAGCCAUGAUGACCCUUACUACGACUCGGCGCCUCGAAGGUUUCGCGAGCCGGAUGCUCCGCCACCACGCCAGUAUCAUGAUACAGAUGCACCAGCUGGCCGACCAUCCACUCGAGAAUCGAAUCGCGACCGGCCAGAUUACAGACGAGAUGAUCAGCGCAGGACAAGGAGCAGAAGUCCAGAAAGGACACGCCGGGAGCGAUUACAAGAUCGAGAGCGAGAUCUGUAUCGACGCUAG